AUGCAGGCACUCUGUCGGAAGUAUUCCGGCCAACGAGAAGCAACCCAGCGGGUAGGGCCACUGGGUUGGGAUUGGGGUCGUGGUUGGGGGUCAUAUAUGCCCCGUGCGCAAACUGAGGACGGAUGCCGGGAAUUAGUCCAACUCUUCUCUUCCAUCCGAUGCGUGGCCCUGGACAUACAAGAUUGCAAGCACGUUGCAAGCACGUUCGGUGCGCACGCUUUUGAACCGUCAAGUCGCUAA